UAUCAUCGAUCAGCCUAAUCCAAAGCUCGUACUUUUCAAUGGCUUCCAUUUGCUGCCACUCAGUUUCUUUCCCUCCAAUACACAAUUUACCCAAAGCCAGCGUGGUCCGAACCUUCUCCACAAUUCUUCCCAAAUCUACGCCAUUCUCUCGACAGAUUCUCAAGUUAUGGAGCUCCGGAAUCCGAGCCACGAACUCACGGGCUUCCUCCACAGUCCGCGACGGCGAAGAAGCUCGGAAACCCAGCGAGGAAUCCAUGAGUAUCGACAAUCUUCAUAGCUUCUUCAAUCUCAAUUUGGGCAAAUGGAACGGUUCUUUCUUUCAAUUUGAUGCUGACGGGAGACUAUUGCAUAAAGUGAAUACGAAGCUUGCGGUUAGUACUUAUGGUGAAGAUGAACUCAUCAGCCUUAUUCAAACAUUAUACAUCAAACAACCUCCAUCAAGUACUUCAUUUGAUGAUGAUGAUGAUGACGAGGUCCAAUGGGCAGAAUACAAAAUCAAAGAAACCAACAUGUUUACUGUAGACACAUAUCAACAGAUUGGCAUCUUCCCAAACGAGAGAGCUUUUUCUCUGAGGUACCAAACAGCUGGCAUGUUGGAAACUGUUCUAAGACAAGGGGUUCUAGGAGAAGAUGAUACAGGUGAAGAAUCACCAAGAAAUCUCAAGCUUCCUUCCCGACGCCCUUCUAUAGUAUGCGAAAACUGCCUGUACUCGCUGGAGAAAGAUAUGCGAGUAAGAGCAUUCCAUAUCAUGGACCCAAAAGGUGUUAUAGAAAUGCUUCUGGUCUUCCUCGAGGAAAGAGGUGAAGGGUUGGUUUCCCAUCCUUCACUUGUUCAAAAUGCGGACAACUCAAAUAGGAUUUUACCGUUUCUUGGCAAGUGGAAAGGUCACUCUGUAACAAAACGGAGUGGUGUUUAUGGAUCAACAAUUGCCGAAGCUGAUACGGUCUCAUCACUUGAAAUGGAUGACAAGGGUCAACUCAUUCAGGACAUUGCUUCAACGUCUAGUGGCAUCACCACUAAUGUGCCUUGGACUGGCAUCAUGUUGAACAAUUUAGUAAUCUUCGAUGGAGGUUACCAGAUAACGCUGUUGCCUGGUGGUAUGUACAUGGGAUGCCCGUGCGAUGUGGCAAAGAGUGUGGCUGAGUCAAAGUCAUUCCAUUUGGAGUUCUGCUGGCUUGAGUCACCUGGCAAGAGACAGAGACUAGUUCGCACCUAUGAUGUGGAAGGCUUGGCCGUCUCAUCUACUUAUUUCUAUGAGACUAAAUUGUGAGGCUCUCAUUUCUGUUUCAUGUCUUGAUUUGCUUCUCACAAUAGAAGUUAGUUUCUGCCAUUUUCUUCCUUGCAUAAUUCUGCAAGAAACCCUUCUGACAUGUUAUGCCACGUUCAACCUGUGGACUGGCCUUGUUAAAGUUUUUGCUUUUGUAGGCAUUGUUAGAAAUUAAUGAGUUCUCAAUACUGAGAUCAAAACAUUUAACCCAAAAAUACAUUAUCAAAUUGGAUU